CUGCUGUGCGUCCACCCAGAAAAGUCGUGGCCAAUUUCGGCCACCCUCAUUUUUUGCAGGCUUUGCUGAGUUGGGCCUUCGAAAGAACAAAAUUGGUUGAGCUCACGAGCAAUAUGAGGACUCUCUCAUUCCAAUACACUGUGCCUCAGCAAGCUAGCUGCAAUCCAAUCAUCACCAAUCCAGAACAGAGGAGCCAACAAUGACAUCCCAUGCACAAGAACCGCUCGAUGUAGAGAUGCAACAACAGCAACAACAACAAGGACACGACUUUGUGGUUGUCAAGAAGGAUGAUCGGUCCGCUUCCAAGGAGCAAAAGAAAAAGUCGUGGCGCAAACCAGAUGUCUUGACCAGCGACUAUGUUCUGGUGACGACUGCCAAUACCACCGAACAAGCUGCGGUCAUGUCGUCGUUCGAGAGAUUUGGAUCACAUCUGUUGCUCUGGCUCGCCAUUGCCACCAGUCUCUGGGGAGCCAUCUUUGUCUUGACACUGAGCACGGCCUUGCAGAGCCGCAAAACGUUUGAUGCCACGUUGCUCAUUUGCAUCCCCUUUCUGAUUGUGUGGAGUUGCGCCUGUAUGUGGUCGGCCUACAAGAAUCGUGAGCGUCGAAAGGCAUUGAUGUUCAGCUUUUUGCCGGUAGUAUGCCUCGUGGGUAUCCUGCUUUGGUGGUAUGUCAUCCCGUGAAUUCAACUUUUUACCAGAAAGAAGGAAGUUCGGAGUUAUACAGUGUGGAUGCUUACUUGAUGGAAGGUAGACUACGGUGGGCUUGGCCUACCCGUUUGGAAGGCUUGAUUCUGCUUGGCAACCGUAAAUAUCAUAUCAGGUUGUAGAUGUAAAAUAAUAGGGAGUGACAGGAUUUUGAUCUUGGAGGCUUGCUGGCUGUUUCCAUCUUCAAAACUAGGCCAACCUGAGCCCGAUUCACUCAUGUAGGUACUAGUAUCCCUUUGGCCUGUAACUUGGGCCACUCUACUAGUAGCUAGCCAUCCUGCUACCUACGUCUAUGGGGCCAAACCGACAGCUGACUACAGCCCCCCGGUAAAGGUGCCUUGUGCAUGCCGACUUGGGCUUGCUUUUCAGCCGGGACUAUAUUGUUUACUUUGUCACUAAUAAGACGUCACUUGAUCUGCAAGGCGAAGACCAAUCAAAGAUCCA